GCACAGCGAAGUCAGCCAACCGCUGUGGAUGGGUGGGAUCAGCACUAACAUUCUGAUAGCCACGUAGCUAGCUACCAACGUUAGCUGUGUAGCUGACGUCAGCAACGUUACAAUGGACUUGCAACACCAUGGGUACCGAGCAACUAAACAGAGAGCUCGUGCAACUCCCCCCACUGCUGAUUCUGUCCUGUUUGAAGACACCAGCUCUGCAGCACCAGCAAUGAACAGUCAGGGAUACUACAAUCCUGGGUACAAUAUGGGAGGACCAUCAAAUGACAUACAAGGAGGUGGUGCUGGAGUGAACAACCUGUUUACUGACCCAAUGGCCAAUGCUGCAGUGAUGUACGGUUCCUCCUUAGCCAACCAAGGAAAGGAUAUGGUAAACAAAGAGAUCAGCAGAUUCAUGUCUGUGAACAAGCUGAAAUACUUCUUUGCCGUCGACACCAGAUAUGUACUGAAGAAACUUAUGAUCCUUAUGUUCCCUUAUACACAUCAGGACUGGGAGGUUCGUUACCAUCGGGACACUCCACUGACUCCAAGACAGGAUGUGAAUGCACCUGAUCUUUACAUACCAACAAUGGCUUUCAUUACCUACAUUUUACUUGCUGGAAUGGCCCUGGGUAUUCAGAAAAGGUUCAGUCCUGAGGUUCUUGGACUGUGUGCCAGCACUGCCCUUGUGUGGGUCAUCAUUGAGGUGUUGGUGAUGCUGUUGAGUUUGUACCUGUUGACUGUUCACAGCGACCUCUCAACCUUUGAUCUCAUUGCCUACAGUGGAUACAAAUAUGUUGGGAUGAUCUUCACAGUGUUGUGUGGCUUAUUGUUUGGCAGUGAUGGGUAUUUUGUGGCCCUUGCCUGGUCUUCUUGCGCCCUUAUGUUCUUCAUUGUUCGAUCUCUAAAAAUGAAGAUCCUUACCUCUCUCUCCUCGGACUCCAUGGGAACUGGUUCAAGUGCCAAACCUCAACUGCGCCUUUAUAUCACUGUGGCCACUGCAGUCUUUCAGCCAAUCAUUAUAUACUGGUUAACCUCUCACUUGGUCAGGUGACCUUGAGGCAUUUACUAACCUGAAGUCCAUGUGUGUUGGACCCAAAAAAUGUGGUUGUUGAGUGUUUGUACAACUACCUUUAUACGCUCUUUUGUCAGUAAACUCAAAACGUGUAGACAGUGUUGAGCUGCAGCGAGUGUACAGCUUGUCAGAUGGACAUGUUCAUUAUGUAGUUGUUUCAUUGAUAUAACAAGAAAGUGUGACACAGUGUCUCAAUGGAAGACUUGUUUUCUGUUGUGUAUGGUAACACUGACAAAUGCUUAUUUUUGGCCACCUAACUUUGACCACAAGGGCUUUAAUUGACAUUUCUUUAUCCUAACUUGGAUUCAGUUUCAUUCAGUUUUAAUUUUAUAUAAUGUCACUGGACAUGCUUUCCAGUAUUACACCUCACAGCCAGACUACACACCACACAGACACACAGACACAAAUGAUCCUAAUACCGUUUUUUUCUGGUAUGUUAAAGUUGCUGCAUUUCCUCUCUCCUCUUGUUAAUCCUGGAUUUUAUUUAUCUACAUUUCACAAAGCAUGACAAUGUUUGGAUUUUUGUAGAAAAAAAUAAAUUUAUUUAGCUUUGUGUAUUCAA